AUGUUGAAAGUGUACAGUCAGUGCAGGGAGGUUCAGGCGCAGACAGCACACGAAACUCUAUCUGAAGAUAUUAGGCAUUGCUCUAUGCUGCUCGACAGCUUGGCUUCCUCGUGGCCUAUAGCACAGAGGUCGAAGGCAAAGUUUGACGCACUUGCUCAGACUACGUUAUUACAAGCGUCGGCAUCCUCAUCUCGGAUGCUAUCGCCGCAUGAUGGCACUCGUCGUACUUCGUCGUCAUCAUCUCAUGGACGGAUGUUCCCAGAGUUCUCAGGUCACACGCUAGAGGUUCCAGGAAUGUCACAUCACCCAACCCCUCACCCGAGUCCACACCCAAGCCCACACCCGAGCCCACACCCAAGUCCACAACCUCAAAUGAGUAAUGCAGCGGGUAGUUGGUUUCCCAGUGAGCCUACUAGUAGCGGUGGGGGGGCUGCGCCCAUGGAUACGAACUGGAUGGAAACCCUCAAUUGGCCGACUGAGCCCCUGAUCUCCAGCGGUACAGGGUUUGAGGGACUGGAUCCAAACGACGAGAGCCUAGGACUGCUAAGUGCAUUCUUACAUGUUCCAGCCCCCGGUGUCACAAACGGCGGAGAUACCUCCAUGUGGGGUAUGGAACAAGAGCACGAGACGAGGCUGUAA